CCUGCUGAUGUAUAAUCUACCCACACAGAUUAAAAAAAAUUACUGUUUUUUUGACGUAUGUUUAUCUGUCAGAUUAUAAAUCCCUUUUGGAACAAACUGUCAAUCCGCGAACAUGGCGCCCCGGUUUGAGAUCGCAGUUGGUCUGCGAAAAGGCCACAAAACAACCAAAAUAUCCGCUGGCAAAAAGGGUAUUACAGACAAAGCGAUUAAGAUCAGACCUGCCAGACUAAAGGGUUUACAAACCAAGCACUCCAAGUUUGUACGUGAUUUAGUCCGAGAAGUCGUAGGACACGCUCCGUAUGAAAAGAGGGCUAUGGAAUUACUUAAGGUGUCAAAAGACAAGCGAGCUCUUAAGUUCCUGAAGCGUCGCCUCGGCACACACAUUCGUGCCAAGAGGAAGCGUGAAGAGAUGAGCAAUGUGUUGGUACAGAUGAGGAAGGCGGCCGCUCAAGCCCACCACGCCACCACACAUGCGCACUAAUCUGUAAUAAACUACUAUAAGAUA